UCAGUAUCAGAAUUGUCAAUUUGGUGAAAACAUUCCUAAGAUUCGCGUCGACUGACCAGAGUCCGCGAAAUCCAUGUAAAUAGAUCACAGUUGGUAUUGAUAAGCCGGGUGUGUCCUAUAUAAGAAAAGGAAACGGAGAGAAAGGACAGAAAAAAUGUCACAAACGCUAACUUUUGGUGACUCAUGUGGCCCUAUCACUUGUCAUGCUUGGAACAAGGAUAGAACGCAAAUUGCAUUUUCACCCAACAACAAUGAAGUGCAUAUCUAUGAAAAGGAAGGGAAUGAUUGGAAGCAAACAAACAACCUAGUCGAACAUGACUUAAGAGUAAUGGGAAUUGAUUGGGCACCAAACACCAAUCGGAUUGUGACAUGCUCUGUGGAUAGAAAUGCUUACGUGUGGACCCAAGGACCAGAUGGGAAGUGGUCAACGACCCUUGUGCUGUUACGUAUAAACCGUGCUGCUACAUGUGUGAAAUGGUCACCCAUGGAAAAUAAGUUUGCUGUUGGCUCCGGAGCAAGACUUAUAUCAAUUUGCUAUUUUGAGAAAGAGAAUAACUGGUGGGUUUCUAAGCAUAUCAAGAAGCCUAUACGUUCAACUGUCACCUCUCUAGAUUGGCAUCCCAACAACAUGUUGUUAGUAGCUGGUUCAGCUGAUUUUAAAGUGCGUGUUUUCUCGGCGUACAUCAAAGAUAUUGAAGACCAGCCUGGACCAAACGUUUGGGGCUCUAAACUGCCACUAGGCCAAUUAUUGGCCGAAUUCCCAAAUUCGCAAUCAGGAGGUGGUUGGGUGCACAGUGUUUCUUUCUCUGCGGAUGGAAAUAAAGUUGCAUGGGUGGGACAUGACAGCUCUAUUAAUGUAGCUGAUGCUACACAGGGCAAAGCUGUCAUUAAACUGAAGACUGAAUAUCUGCCAUUUUUGGGUUGCAAUUGGAUUACAAACAAUGAAAUUGUUGUGGCAGGGCAUAGCUGCAUUCCAUUAUUGUACUCUUAUAACGAGAAUGAAGUUAAGUUUGUUGCUAAAUUAGACAACACUCAAAGGAAGGAGUCUGGAGGACUGUCUGCUAUGAAGAAGUUUCAGUCGCUCGAUCGCCAGGCUCGCAUCGAAACUAAUGAUACUCUCUUGGACUCCAUUCACCAGAAUGCUAUCACUCAUAUCAGUCUGUAUAAAGGAACGAAGGCUAAUACUGAAAAAUUCAGUACUUCUGGCUUGGAUGGACAGCUAGUCAUUUGGGAUAUUGACUCUUUGGAGAGGAAAUUGGAAGGGCUCAAGAUAUAAUAAAAGGGCUCCAGUUAAAUUAAUAAUUUUAUUUAAGGAUAAUAUAAUUGGUUUGCGUGCGAGUUCUGAAUUCACUCUUUUUUUAUAUAGACGUAUUAACAGAAAAACGAAAAGCUGUGGAAAUGAUAACAUUGCAAUCACAGUCUGAUCAGUCUAGCUAGAAAUUAAACAAGCAAACACCUGUCGUAUGAGUGAUUUCAGCUCCUCAAAUAGUAAAACCUCUCAAAUAUACAGAAUAAACUAUAAUUUAUAGAAAUAACAUCUAUGUUUUUAAUUAUUAUACAAUUAUAAAUUUUAACUGAUUGUAAUAAAAGUAAAUAAGUUAUAUAAAUUAAAUAUACUACUACAGCCUAUAUAUAAUUAUAGAUCACUUUUAAUACUACUGAAGUACUGAUUGCUGUCAAUAUAACAUUAAAAUUUAAGGAAUCAACGAAUGUAUUUUUAUUUUUAACGUUAACAUUCAAGUCAUAUCUU